UCCCCCUCCUAUGGUCCGUUUUUACCGAUACGGCGAUCGCGCGAGUUAACUUCACGUUUAUUCUCAGCCUUACCGUUAAAGGGGGACGUACCGUAUACCGUAUACAUUAUUUUAUUUUAUCUGUGAUUUUGUGUUAUAUUUAUAUUUAUUUUAUUUGUUCUUUUUUUGGAAGUAUGUCUCACAAGAGCAAACCCGCCGUUCCCCUACAUGGGGGUUACAAGCCCCAACUAAUCGCCCAACUUGACACUAAAAAGGGCGGAGUAAACACACAAGUCAUCAUGUCAAGUCAAUUCAAUUGGCGCAAGUCAAGUUUAUCGGAGCCCUGCUAGCGAAGUACGGCGCCCUGAGUGGUGUGUGCUGACACGGCGGCAUAGCUAUGUUAUGCUGCUGAGUGGGAGCUACGGGAAUAGUUCUGUCCGUCUUAUAAGGACUUGCCACGCUACAAGGCUGAGAAGGCUGGAGAACCAGUACAAGUUGCAUCCGCCAAUGGGUCCACAGUGCCGCUGUACAAGCGGGAUGUGGAGGUGGGAGAUUAUGACCCGUUUCAGCAUAGGAAAGUGGAUCAUCCGACAUCGGAUAUGGAUACGUUUAUUCAUUUACUCAAAGGAAGUCUUGGAUCGGGAAUUCUUGCGAUGCCGUACGCGUUUGGAAAUGCCGGACUAUUUUUAGGACUCGCGUGCACCUUUGCCAUAGGAAUAAUUUGCACUUACUGCAUCCACAUCUUGGUAAAAAGCGCUCAUGAGCUGAGUAGGAGAACUAAAGUGCCUAGUUUAGGGUUCGCUGAGGUUGCUGAGGCCGCUUUUCUUGCAGGUCCUCCAAAUUUCCGACCAUGGGCGAAAUUCGCAAAAGCAAGCAUAAACCUCUUCUUAGUAAUCGAUCUACUCGGAUGCUGUUGCGUCUAUAUAGUAUUUUGCUCCGAAAACAUUAAGCAAGUUAUAGAAUUUUAUGCCAAAGAUUAUCCAGAAUAUCACUUCGAUCUCCGCAUGUACAUGGCUCUGAUGCUUCCCCUCCUGAUCCCCAUCAACCUGAUCAGAAACCUCAAGUUCAUUUCCCCAUUGUCCAUGAUUGCUAAUAUCUUAGUAGCCUCAAGUAUUGGCAUUACUUUCUACUACAUCUUUUCCGAUCUUCCUCCAUUAGAUUCACAACCGUUUGUUGUCAGUAUUACUAAAUUGCCAGUAUUCUUCGGAACAGCCAUUUUCGCUUUGGAAGGUAUUGGUGUAGUUAUGCCAUUGGAAAACAACAUGGCCAACCCGCACCACUUUAUCGGAUGUCCUGGAGUACUGAACACUGGCAUGUUCUUUGUUGUGGGACUGUAUGCCGCCACUGGAUUCUCUGGAUUUUUGAAAUAUGGUAGCAAUACUGCGGCCAGUAUUACUUUGAACUUACCAGUUAAUGAACCGUUAGCCCAAUCCGUCAAGGUAAUGAUCGCCAUCGCCAUUUUCUUCACCUAUGCCCUCCAGUUCUACGUGCCAAUGGAAAUCAUCUGGAAAGCUCUAAAAAACAACUUUAGUGCCGAAAGGCAGAACUUCGCCAACUACUCUAUUAGAAUCAGCUUAGUUUUCGUCACAGUAGUCCUAGCAAUUCUGAUUCCAAACUUGGGCGGCUUCAUCAAUCUCGUAGGUGCCGUCUGUUUGUCCAUGUUAGGAUUAAUUUUCCCCGCUACCAUUGACUUGGUCACUUUCUACGAAGAACCUGGUCUAGGACGGUAUAACUGGAGGCUGUACAAAAACCUAUUCCUGAUAAUGUUCGGAAUAGUUGGGUUUCUAACUGGUUCUUAUGUUAGUAUAGUAGAUAUUAUGGCAUCAUACAAGUGAGGAGUAUAUAGGGCGUUUUUCUAGCGUCUCAGACAGGGAGUCAGGUGUAUGGUGGAUGGGGAACCAUGAUACUGAGGUACAGGGUUCGCCCCGCUGGCUGGAACCCACGGGUUCAGAUUUGUUUGGAUUUAUUAACAUCAGUUUGGCCAAGAAUUAAUAUUUUUAAUGUAAAAUAUCCACUAAAAGAUAUUUGAUAGUGUUUUUUUAAGUCUUUUAAUUUACACAUAAUAUUUAACAAGAGGAAAUUAAAAAAUUAUAUAAGUAAGAUAUUCUUGUCGUCUGUAUAAUAUUUAUUUUUUUUUAAUUAAUUUUUUAUCUGUUUUGCGUUUUCAUCACUGGUAAACUUAUCUUUUCUCUUUAUAUAUUAUUAGUUUUUACAAUUUAGUAUAUUGCAAUGUUACCGUAUGAAUUUCAUUAUUAAGAUUUUGUUAAUUAAGUUGUUAAAAAUAUUAUGGGUAUAAUUAUAAGAUUAUCAAUUUCUUUUAUUUUAAAUUUUAAUUUAUUUACAUGUUUAUCGCGUGUCUAUUGGGUUAUAUAAGUAAAUAAUUUAAAUACAAUUACAUACUUAAGGCCUACACGCCAUAAAUUUAAAAUAGUGAAAUGGAAAUUGUGCACUAUUUGAUAUAUUUUCGCGAUAAUAAAUUUGUAAUCAACGAGCUUUAAUCGCUCAUAUUCUGUAUUAUUUUUAAUAAAUUAUGUUACAAAAAUAUGUAGGGAUAAGGUCGAACGUACCUUAAGACAUAUUGCUAUUUAUAGCUUCUUUUACCCUAAUAUUAUAAAUUACUAAAAAUAUGUAUUCUUGGCCUACCGUUUAUCAACCGUUAUCAGUAACUGAAAUCUAAAUGGAUCAUCCAUAUAAAUAAAAAAAAGUAAAAAUUUACCACCCAAAUACUCCCUGUCGCUUCCAGGGGUUCAAGCUUAACCCCCAUCAAAAAAAUACAGCUAAAUAAAAAAUUCUUAUUUAAGCAUAAAACACCGCUUAAAAGGGACGUAUAGAAUGGCGCUAUGCUAGCAAAAAUGCUUUCAGUAAACUAGACAUGGUUCAGUUUAUUUAAGUAUUUCUGGUUAGCAUUUAAAAGUUAUUAUUAAGGUGUAGAGUAGACUACGUAGACGUAGUUCAAUCUGUGAUUUUUUUAAGCAGGUAGAACAAUAUAACUAUUAUUCGUAGUUUUCAUUUUUCACUUGGGUAACAUUCUUCACAGGCUAUUAUUUUAAAGUCAAUAAUAUAAAUUAAGAACCUCGCCUUAUAAUAUGACAAAAUAAAAUAUAUUUUAGUACUAGAACUUAUGACUUUCCAAUUGACAAAACAUUUUUAAUAAAUUAAAAAGGCGAUGUUGUCACUUAAACCAUUUAGCAUAUCGUCGAUUUAGUGAGAAAUCAUUGGCCAUCAUUAUUAUUUAUACUUUGUGAUUGUGAUUUUUUAGGGAGUAGACUUAAAGUAAGCUCAAAUACUUUAUAAGAUUUUUUGAAAAUCUUGGUUUCUGUAAUUUCAUAAGGAAAUAAAAUACAAUAUACAUAUUUAUAUAUUAUUAAAACAGUAUUAGGGGUUCGGGAAACCAAGAUUUCUUUUAUAAAUUAACAGGCACCUAAAGCAAAUAGCUAUAUAUUAUUUUUGAAAUUAUAAUUAAAAUAAAUACAAUUUAUGCUCCCAGUGACAAUAUAGAAAUUCAUUCUAGCAGUUAUUCGACUAUUUUGCCUCAGGUGUCUUAAAAUGGAUUUAGUUCCAAAGGAACUGUGUAUAUGUUGAUGUUUGGUGCCUUAUGAAAAUUUUCUGCUUCCGUUGGGCUUUUACCAAUUUUCUAAAAUCAGUUGAUUUUUAAAAGCUCUUCAUUUGUUACAAUCUUAUUCGAAUGAAAAAUUAU